UUCACUAAACCCUCCGUUAUCCGGAUUCCCACUAGAAAUCAAAACCCCAAAAAUGAAACUAAAUCUCUCAGCUUCUUCCUCAACCUGUAAGUAUCCUCUUCUUAACCCACCAUUAUUCAACAACCCUUCAUCCAUUUCCCGCCAUUUCACAAAAGGUUGGAGAUUAUCAUCAUGCAAAAAGCACAAAUUUGCAUCAAUCAAGGCUGUAAAUACCACUUCAUGGGAUGAAAAACCCUUUGAAAUACUUCCUGAUGGUAAAAGGGUGUACUUAGAUGAACAAGAUGUUAUCACUUUUCUUGACCCACCUAAGGAAUUAUAUCCUUUAGACCCUUCUUCUUAUAAUCCUGCUUCUUAUCUCUGGAAAAAAAUUUCAGAUAUUCCGGAAGAAAGACGGCAUCGAUUGUUAUACCUGCUGAGUCCUGGGCUUAUUUCAGCUGCUUGGGAGGUUGCUGGUGGGCGCUACGACGAUGCCAAGUUAGCUAAGAUGAGCUCUUCUACUUUGCUAGCUGGUGAGAAUGAUGGCUUAUCACUCGAAUACUGGAACGGUCGUAAAAGUGGAGGACCGCUACCUCUAGGACUAUUCAGUUAUUUUCAGAAGGCUUUGUUUCGCCAAAACGAGGGAAUUUAUGGAAGAAUAAUUGGUGUGUCUCAACUUGCUCGGAUGGCAACCUCUUCCAGUCCACUAUAUUUUACUGUAAAAGAAGCUCAUGAAGUAAUGCCUACAGAGCAACCUUGUGAUCUGGCGUAUGAAUUUGGGGAUGGACUCUUGGAUCUUCGUGAUUACCCAGAAGGUUUCCCAUUGUCUGCCAAACAUCCAUGGCCUUUCAAUGAUGAGUUAGUUAUAUAUGUUCGUCAUCUUGGACCCGGAGUUAUGGUUGGACAGGUAUGGCAAGAAGGCCUAACAUUGGAGCAGAUACCCAAGAAGUUAUGCAGUGAAAUUCUCAUGGUCAAAAAUUACUGUGCGUAGAAUUGAGAUGGUAUAUUGGAAGCUUGAAGCUGCAGCUUGUAUCAGUUUUUUUUGUACUACUCUUAAGCAUCCUGCUGUUUAAGGCCGUGAUGUUUUGUUGAAUGUAUUGUGGUGUAAAUUACCCAUGCAAGUACUUUGUACAAAAGCUUCAUAAUUCUAUGGAAUACAAUUAGAUUUAAAUUACGUAUAUAAAUUACAAAAUCAUAAAAUGAAGAUAUGAGAAUGAGAAGUUUGUUUCGGGUA